CUCGAAAACGGUUAUGUUUGACUCUCUCGGCGGAAGGCAGUCUCGGACGUGAGUUCUAGUGUGUAGGUCCGUGCGCCUACUGGACGCGAGUUGGACGACCACUCGAAGUGACGAAUUAAUCAUCCGUGCCCAAUAUAUGGUGACAGUAUAAUAAGCGCAUUCCUUACAUCCAAGUCUCUAAAGAGAAGUUACAGGCUUGUUUGACAUUUGCAGAAGGUUUUGAACCAACAUGCACAACUUCGGAAAAUGCCUACUUUGCCUGGCCUGCUUCACGCUGCAGCUUAUUGCGGACGCGGAAGCAAACCGAACCAACCAAAGCGCACCCUUGGGGCAAAGGAGCGCAGACGACGCACCUCUGUUCCUGACGCCUUACAUCGUGAACGGGAGCGUCGGAGAAGCCCGGAGGAGGAGCGAGGUUGAGCUGUUCAAGAGUCACGUAGGGGCGAAGGCGCACUCGGGCUUCGUCACCGUGAAUGCGAGCACCGGGAGCAACCUGUUCUUCCUCUACGUCAAGGCUGAAAAGAACGGAAGUAGCGAUACACCGCUGGUUCUAUGGCUCGAAGGCGGCCCCGGCAAGACGGCACUGUUCGGCCAGUUUCUCGAGAGUGGACCGCUGGGCAUCGGUGCUGACGGACAGCUGUACCGGCGACGGCCGACGCUCCAGGAGGAAGCGGACGUCAUCUACCUCGACCAGCCCGUCGGCGGAGGCUACAGCUUCACGAGGGACCGCCGGGGUUUCGCCCGCACGCUGGACGACAUCGCCGGCUCGAUCGAAGAGUUCCUGAGGCAGUUCCUGGUGCUGUUUCCAGAGAACAGGAAUAGGCGGUUCUACGCCGCCGGAGAGUCGUACGGCGCUCGAUCAGCCCUCGGGAUCGUGAAUCGUCUGCAAACCAACCGAAGCCUUCCGCUGAGAGUCUCCGGAGCGAUCCUCGGAGUCCCUUUCGUCGCCCCUCUCCUGGACCUCAUGGACUCCUCGGACUACCUGUACAGCACCGGACUGAUCGACGCUCGAGGACACCAACUGUUCACCGAGCGCUUCCAACAGAUCAAACUCGCCUCCAAGGUGAACCGCACCAUAGCCGCCGCGCUGCUGCUCAAGACGGUGUUCAACGCCAAUUUCGACAACGAGCCCAGCCUCUACCAGCAACUCACGGGUUACACGGACCACGGAAGCGUGCUGCGAAGCAAACCGGAACCGCAAACGCUCAAGUUUUACGAGUACGUCACGAGCGACGCCUUCAAGAGGGCCAUUCACGUUGCCGGUGCGAUGCCGCUGGAAGCCCAGAAGCUGGCGUUGGGACUCAACUUGGCGCAGAGUGACUACUUCACCGACAUCAACGACACCUUAGCCAGGGUUCUAGACUCUGACAGAGUACUCCUGUACACGGGACAGAUGGACACGGUGUUCCCGGCGGUGAACACCGACCGGUACCUGCGUCGGCUCAAGUGGAGCGGUCAGCGCGACCUGGCGGAGGCCCAACGCGAGACCUGGUACUCGUUCGCAGACGCCAGCAGGCCCGCGGGGUACGUGACUCGAGCCCGGAACCUGACCUACGCGCUGGUCUCCCGCGCCGGCCAUCACGCCACCUUCGACGAGCCCCAAGCGCUGUUCGACCUUAUGUACAGUUUCAUUCACGGCAGAAAAUACAGAGCGUCAUGAACA